AUGUACUGGCUUGAUGGUAGGGAUAUGAUUCUGCCUCGGGGCGGUGAGGAAUACUGGGAGACACCUGAACGCGAUGAGGUGAUAGAGAAGGCUCACAAUGCGAUAGGAGUCCUUGCUGACAAUCUCAAGGCUUCUGUUGUUUUGGGUGAUCGCACGUGGUGGUGGAUUUCUGCAUGUGAAUAUAUUGACACUGUCAUUGGGAUCGUGCAUCGCACGGCUUUGUGGAGUUAUAGGGACGAGGGUGUUGGGUAUAACACAUGUAAGGAUAUGUUUGAGUGGCUGGACGCCAUUUACGCUGAGUGGACUUCUAUUCCUAUGCCUUUGCCACAUUUCACCCAUCCCUCUUCCCCUUGA